AUGGCUGAUGUUAGCAUUUGUGCUGAUGCAAAGUUACACAGCAUGCUUAUCAUCGAUUUUGACAGUACAUCUCCUAGUCAGAAUGACGUUAUAAAUGAUCCCAACAUUAACAUUGGAUAUCCUGGUGUCUCAUUCUUGAGAGGCUUAUUUGUCCAUCACUUGAAGAUUGAUAGUUCGAGGUUGAAGAAGUACUCCAGUAUUAAAGAGUACAAGGAGGCUUUGGACAAAGGAAGCCGUAAAGGGGGUGUGGAUGCUAUUUUUAAUGAAAUUUCCUACCUUAAGAUCUUCCUCAACCAAUAUGGUUAUUCUAAUUAUGCCUUGGUCGAAACCAGACACCGCAAUGAUGGAUAUGGUUUUGCAUUCCCGAAAGGCUCCAACUUAACCUCCUACUUUUCUACAGCCAUACUAAAUGUGAGAGAGAGUGAAGAAACGGACAGGAUUGAGCAGGAAUAUUUUGGAAGCAACGAUAUCCACAAGGAAGGCAAAGAAGACACAUCCAAUAAUGCACCAGCAAACAAUGCAAAUCCCAGCCUUAGUGCUUAUAGUUUUGCAGGUCUAUUCAUGGUAAUUGGAAUGCUUUCGGUCUUAGCUUUACUAGUUUCUGAAAAUCGUGUUUGGCAAAAAACCAAUUAUAUUGGCAAAAACGUACAGCCAACAAUUCUUAAUGAUGAGUAA